UACCAGGAUCCGGCGCGCAUUCCUCAUUUAGCCCACAAGGCCCACCUAUAUUAUGGGAGUGAGUUACUCGGGUCCAUUCUUAAAAACCUCUGCUCGGGCCUAGGGUUUCCUCCCAGUCGUCAUCGCUUGGCGUCCGCCUCAGCCCGCCGCCAGGAGAGCCGGCUCGGUCGGUUCGUCGAAGAUCCCGGAUCUGCUCUGUCACGAGGUCUUUCGGCGGGUGUUGUCUCGCGAGGUGUAGCGAGCCAAGGUCUGGUCGCCUGGUAGAUUUCCUGUAUCUGCUCAUAUCGGUAGCUUUUGCUUUUAAUCGUGAGAAUGUUUUGUGGGGAGUCUCUUCGACCUUAGUACGCUGAUCCCAUCGGGGUAAUGAUAUGUAUGGAAUACGGAUGCUGCCUAGGUUUCUAAUAUUCUUGCUAUGGUUGAUUUGGGCAUGACGUUGAUUUAGUAAUGGUAUUUCUAUGAUUAUGUUUUUUGUUCUAACUUUGGGUUAACGUUAGACAGUGAACUCUAAUCUGCACAUACGGUUAGAGCUAGACCGAGAGCUGUUGUUAAUCAGUAGCUAUUCAUGUAGAUGACAUCAUUCUUCUUUGGUUCCCUGCAUUUUUCAUGAUUUUCUAUUUUCUUCUUUGCUUCUUCACCCAUCUGACAUUGUGGUCUUCAUUCUCUGUUUCCAGUUCAGGAGAGUUUCGAGAAGCUGAAAUGGCUCCUAAAGCUGCUCCUGCCAAGAAGGGUGAUGCCAAGACCCAGGCCUUGAAGGUUGCCAAGGCUGUGAAGUCUGGGUCAGUAAAGAAGACCAAGAAGAUCCGCACGUCCGUGACAUUUCACCGCCCCAAGACCCUGAAGAAGGCUAGGGACCCCAAGUACCCAAGAAUCAGCACUACCGGAAGGAACAAGCUUGAUCAGUACCAAAUUCUCAAGUAUCCCCUCACCACAGAAUCGGCGAUGAAGAAGAUUGAAGAUAACAACACUCUUGUCUUCAUUGUCGACCUCAAGGCAGACAAGAAGAAGAUCAAGGCUGCUGUCAAGAAGAUGUAUGACAUUCAGGCCAAGAAGGUCAACACCCUGAUCAGGCCUGAUGGAAAGAAGAAGGCUUACGUGAAGCUUAUGCCUGACUAUGAUGCUCUUGAUGUGGCCAACAAAAUCGGCAUCAUCUAAAGUUACCGCGUCAGGCAUCUGCUGUGCUCUAUUUCCAUGUGAAACCAGAGUUUUUGUAGCUAUGGCUCAGUGGCUCCAUGACCAUGUCUUAUGCACACUUACGAAUUUGAUAUCAUCCAAGUCACAGGUUGUGCUCAUCAAUACUUGGAUACUAUCACUUAUUCGUAUUGGGUUGGUCUUUGGCUCUCACAUUUCUUUGUAUUGGGUUGGUGUUUUGAUCUCACCUUUCUUCGCAUUGGGUUGGUCUUUGGAAAUUGGAACUCGGCCUGAUAGCUGUUGGAGUAUAGUGUAUGGAUCUGCGUUCAUAAUGCGAGCAGCAGCGCAUGGAAAUUGGUUA